AUGAGAUCAACUCCAUUAUUCUUUGCACUUUUCCAAAUUGCCCUUGCCGCAAAAAGAGCUGACCAAACUUGUAACGACCACUGUACUAACGCCUACCAAAAACAACAAUCAUGUGGUGGUGCCGGUACUGUUGGUUCUCAAUCUGAUACUUUGAGAUGUUUGUGUGGUGAUGAAGGCUAUUGGUCUGAAUUGGCUCAAUGUGACUGUUCCAACUAUGACUCCAACGUUUCUGCCCAAGAUCUUCGUGCCUACUACUGUAACUUUGGUGUAAGUAAUGGCUCUCAAGGUCAAUCUGCAGGCGGUGAUACUGCCACUGCCACAGCCAAUACUGAUGGUGCUGCCACUGAUGCUAAUGCUGCCACAGCCAAUACUGAUGGUGCUGCUACAGAUGCUAAUGCUGCCGCAGCCAAUACUGAUGGUACUGCCACUGAUGCUAAUGCUGCUGCAGCCAAUACUGAUGGUGCUGCCACAGAUGCUAAUGCUGCUGCAGCCAAUACUGAUGGUGCUGCUACAGAUGCUAAUGCUGACACAGCCAAUACUGAUGGUGCUGCCACUGAUGCUGCCGCCGCUACUAAUGGUAAUGAUGGUGCUAGUGGAACUGCUGAUGCAAACAACGCCAACACUGCUGGUACUGCAGUUGCUGUGAAUGUUGGUUCUACUGAUGGUACAGGUGCUACAGAUGCUACGAAUGCAGGAUCUACUGCUGCUGUUGAUGCUACUAACGCUGCAUCUGACCCAGCAAAUGCAACUGGUUCUGACGCUGCCAAUGCUGCUACUGCUUCUGGUGCUGCCACUGGCUCAGACGCUGCCAAUGCUGCUACUGCUUCUGGUGCUGCCACUGGCUCAGACACUGCUAAUGCUGCUACUGCUUCUGGUGCUGCUUCCGGUUCAGAUGCUUCUGGUUCUGCUGAGGCUAAUGCCGCAUCCACUGCUGCUGAUGCUGCUUCUGGUUCAGAUGCCUCUGGUUCUGCUGCUGCUGCUGCCAGAACAGCCACCAAUACUGGUUCAGAAUCAGGUACUGCUUCUAGAACUGGUGCUACUACAGGUUCAGGUUCUAAUGCUGCUAGUAUGACAACUAUUACAUCAGGUUCAGGAUCUGCCAAUGGAACAAGUAGCAGAUCAGGUAGUAUGACAACUAUUACAUCUGGCUCAGGAUCUGCUAAUGGAACAAGCAGCAGAUCAGGUUCAGGUUCAGGUUCAAGUUCUGCUACAAGAAGUGGAAGUGGUUCAGAUUCAUCAAGCUCAGGUUCAGGUUCAGGUUCUGGUUCCGGAUCAUCUUCGACUAGAUCUGGUUCCGGUUCCGGUUCCGAUUCAGGUUCCGGCUCUUCAACUUCAUCUGGAUCAGGCUCAGGUUCUGGUUCCAGUACUAGAUCUGGUGGUAUUGCUGCUACUCUUCCAACUGUGACUUUUGGUUCUUUAGUUGCUUUGGCUUUGAACUUAUUAUAA